AUAUUUGAGUUGCUCUAAGAAUUCGCUAAUUCGCUCUUAAUCCCACGUAUGAAUGUAUGAUAAUUGCGCGUCUUUCUUUCAAGUUUCAAGUCUACACAGUCGACGCGAGCAGCGGAGCGAGCACACCUGCACAAGCUACUGAAAUCAAUGCCCUCGAUGGAUAACGGCAAAAGUGUUAGGGUUUUAUGCCCUAAGCUCAUCCUCACCAACAAUUACGAUGCACCUCUCCAAUGGCUGAUCGGAUCACCCUUUUUCCCUCAAUUCACCGUCGUCUCCACCGUCCGAUGUCUUCACUACUUGCCGUCCGAUCUCCUCUCUCCUGAUUUCUCCAAAGAGGCGGACGAUCUCAGGUCACUCAUAAUCAAAGGUUUUCAUGUAAUCGGAGCUCUGAUUAUCGGGAAAAAUGGCGAAUUGGUACAAAUUGCCAAGCAGGCGAUCAACGCUGCUUGUAAAUUGAGGGAGAUUUUGUAUAAUGGAGAGAAUUUGAGGAACUUUGAUGUAAUUGGCGGAGUUUCGGGUUCGAGUAGCGGUGAAUUGAAGUUCUUCGCUGCAAAAUGGGGGGAUUCGACGAAUGUGGAGGAUGUUGAGUGUGUAUUGUAUGAGGAGAAGGCGGGGAAUUAUCUUUGGGAGAGAGGUUGUAUGCUGAAAUGUGAACUUCCUAUCAAGUUACCUGUUUAUGUUCCUGCAAAUAAUGAUUCAGAUGCGGUGGACCGAUAUCUGCAAGCGAAUGAAGAACUAGCCACCAUGUUCAGAGAUCCUCAACUCACAUUCAUCCUGGAAGCAUCGGACAAGUCGUCAGGUGUUCUACCUCGUCCUGUUAUUGUUCGUGGUUCAGAUUUGGAGUUCCAAACAGACAUCUCCAAUAGUAAGCUUUUGGAUGACACCGCGGAAAAGUCUGAUGGAAAGUCAUUAUGUUGUUCAUACUUCUGUUUAGAGAGUAAACCGGCUGUGGAUGCUGAGAGUGCAGAUACUAUUCAGGUGACUGCCCUCUCAAAUAAGUCAAUCAUGUCCCCACAAUCUGUUGCGCCAAUGGCAGAGUAUUGUCCUGCUCCAGAGGAAGCGAUACUGAGGCUUGUCGAUUACAAACUGGAAGUUGUUUGUUAUGCUGUCAAAAGUCUUCCUCUCACACAUGCAGUUUCAAAGCUAAUUAUUCCUGCACUACUUGACCAGCUAACAACUAUGAGAAACAUUGUGGCACCCUCUUUCUUAGUUCAACAUCCUCAGAUACGGCCAUUCCACUUUUGUCCUCCUGGUAUUUUGCACCCCAUAACAGCUACUUAUGAACUGAGUUAUGGUGAGACAGAACUGAAGCAAGUUGAAGCUAGGAGGUCUCUUCAUCUUCGACUGGGUUUACCUUCUGAUCGCCCUCUCUUACGAAUUGCCAAUGCCCUAAAAGUUGCCAAGUCCACUUCCAAUGAAGGGAUUUCAUCCAAGAGGGGUUAUUUAUUGCUGAAGGAUGUACAUGCUGACAUUCCUAGCAGUGGGGUUUCUGGGGGCCUCGUGUCUCUGGUUCAAGGCUCUUAUGAGUAUCACCACUACCUUCAAAACGGUUUCGAUGACUCGGGAUGGGGAUGUGCUUAUCGCUCGUUACAAACCAUAAUCUCCUGGUUCAGACUCCAACAAUAUACUUCAAUUGAUGUUCCCACUCAUAGGGAGAUACAGGAGGCACUAGUCGAGAUUGGUGAUAAAGAUCCUUCUUUCAUUGGAUCACGUGAGUGGAUUGGUGCCAUUGAGUUAAGCUAUGUGCUGGACAAACUUUUGGGUGUUACCUGCAAGGUCAUGAAUGUAAGAUCUGGAGCUGAGCUUCCUGAGAAAUGUCGAGAGUUAGCCUUGCAUUUUGAGAACCAAGGAACACCCAUCAUGAUUGGUGGUGGUGUCCUCGCAUAUACACUUCUAGGAGUUGACUACAAUGAUGCAAGUGGUGAUUGUGCAUUCCUAAUAUUGGAUCCUCAUUACACUGGUGGUGAAGAUCUUAAGAAAAUCGUAAAUGGUGGUUGGUGUGGGUGGAAAAAGGCUGUUGAUAGCAAGGGAAAGAGUUUCUUCUUAGCCGAUAAGUUCUACAAUCUAUUGUUGCCACAAAGACCAAACAUGGUGUAGCCGUCUAUCUGGCAGUGAAAUUACCCUGCUCGCGAUUCCAGAAGAAAUGAAGAGAAUGGCAUUAUCAUUAUUGCCAGUUUUACCGUUCCUUCUUGGUCGUUUUACACUACAGAGCACCCCCAUUCGUGGGCAACGUUUUGAGGGUUAGCUUGACGUUGAUUUUAUACUGCACCCCCUAACUUUUCUUGUAGUUUAUGUACACAGUGUCAGUUUAAGCCGUGACAAAGGUUAGAGUGCAUUGGAGAUUUUACUUCUCUCCUGUAGAGACUUCGGAAUCUUCGUUAUGGUUGUCUAAGUCCUAAAUUAUUUCUUAAGAUGCUUUGCAGUUUCUUCUUUGUAAGUAUAUUAUACUUCUUCUGUAACAUUUGUGGUUCUUGGACCUUUUUUCCCUGGGAAUAGGCACUUGAUCGAACACACACACGUUAUUCAUAUCCAAAUUUGAAUCAUGUACGUAUACACUUUUAAUGAGAAUACAUUUUAAUGAUAAUACAUUUUCUUAAGCA